CACCAUGUCUACUGCAGCUACCAUUGACAAGAUCUCCUCGAUCAUCGACCAGAACAAGGAUGCCCUCAUCGCUCGCCUGGCCGAGGCCGUAGAGAUCCCCUCGGUCUCCGGCUCGGCAAAGUACCGCCCCCAGGUGGUAGAGAUGGCAAAGUGGAUGGCCAAGUCUCUCGAGUCCAUUGGUUGCGAGAACAUCCAGUUCAAGGAGCUCGGAAACCAGAAGCUCGAUGGACAGGACGUCGGUCUGCCCCCCGUCGUCUUUGCCGACUACAAGUCGGGUGGAGCUGGCAAGAAGACCCUCCUCAUCUACGGACACUACGAUGUGCAGCCCGCCAACAAGUCCGAUGGAUGGAACACUGAGCCCUUCAAGCUGGUGCACGAUGAGAAGACCGGCCGUCUCUACGGUCGAGGAAGCACUGACGACAAGGGCCCCAUCAUCGGCUGGAUCAACACCAUCGAAGCCCAUCGCCAGGCUGGCAUCGAGCUCCCCGUCAACCUCAAGUUCUGCUUCGAGGGUAUGGAGGAGUCUGGCUCCGUCGGUCUGGAUGGUCUGAUUGAAAAUGAGAUUAAGAACGGCUCCUUCUUCGACGGUGUUGACGCUGCAUGCAUUUCCGACAACUACUGGCUGGGCACAAAGAAGCCCUGCAUCACUCACGGCCUGCGAGGUAUCCAGUACUUCAAGCUGUCCAUCUCUGGCCCCGGCGCUGAUCUCCACUCUGGUUUGUUCGGUGGUGUGGUUCACGAGCCCAUGUCUGACCUGUUCCAGAUCAUGUCUCGCCUGGUGACCCCCGCUGGAGAGAUUCUCAUCCCCGGUAUCAGUGAUCUGGUUAGGCCGCUGACUGACGAGGAGUUCAACCGCUAUCAGAUCAUGGACUUUACCGUCAAGGACAUGGACGACGCUACUGGCUCUUCCACUACCAUUGCCGACGACAAGGAGAAGAUCCUCAUGGCCCGUAUGCGAUACCCUUCCCUCUCCCUCCACGGUAUCGAGGGUGCCUUUUCCGAGGCCGGAACCAAGACUGUCAUUCCAGCCAAGGUCAUCGGCAAGUUCUCUCUGCGUCUUGUGCCAGACAUGACUCCCGACAAGGUUGUUGAGUUGGUGGAAAAGUACGUACAGAGCGAGUGGAAGAAGAUUGGUUCCAAGAACACUCUCAAGCUGGACGCUGAGCCUGGAGGAAAGCCUUGGUUGGCCGACCCCAACCACUGGAACUACGAGGCUGCUAUCCGUGCCACGGAGAAGAUUUACGGAGUGAAGCCCGAUCUGACCCGUGAAGGUGGUUCCAUCCCUGUAGCACUCACCAUUGCCGACAUCCUUGGCAAGAAUCUGCUCCUGCUUCCUCUGGGACGGGCUGACGAUGGAGCUCACUCGACCAAUGAGAAGAUUGAUAUCCUCAACUACAUUGAGGGUACCAAGCUCCUCGGUGCUUACCUCCACGAGGUCGCUGCUGCCACCUCGUAAGGAGAGCGAGCAGUGUUGGCGGGGCGGAAGGGGAGUGAUCGAACCUCGCUAUCUGCCCAUGAGGACGUGACCUUGUUCACCUGUUUUCCAAUCUGUAUCGACCAGCUUGCGACGUUGCAUCGGUAAUAUCAGCACAUAACGAAGAACCGAUGAGGCGAGUGUGAGAUGAUUGAGCGAUUCGCAUUCAAGGCAGGGAGACGACAUGACUGAAGAGAAGAUGAGUAUAAUACAGAAUGUGCAGGUGGUACAAGUGGGGAGUGAAUGCUGUGCGGCCAAAAAGGGAAGCAGAGGAGGUGUCAGCUUCCGGAAGCCAAUCGUCUUUGGUGGAAUUACACUGU